UUGAUGGUGAUGCGAUUGUUUCAAAUGGAGAAAGCCUGCAGUUCUGCCAUAAUUCUGUAUAGCUUCUGAAAUCUGUUCAGCAUUCAUGCUUUUAUAGUAAUUAUUUGCUGUUUAAUCAAUUUCAUGUUUUCCAAAGCAUGACUGGAUUUUCAUUGAUACAUUUUGAAGUAGGCAGAGCAGGAAUUCUUUAUAGAUGAAGAGUCAUAUUCAGAAGCUAGAGGUUAUGUAGGGAUAGAGUGGCAAACUAAACUCAUGUAAUUUGCUUUCCUCAGAUUAUCAGUGAUUUAUGGGAGGAAGAUUUGUAAGGAAAGGAGCAAAGGCUUGUGAUGUAUAGAAAGGGUUGUGAUGUUACAGAACAUCUUAUUCCAACAAAACUUUUUUUUAUGAUAUGUAAUUGUUUUGUGAAUUAAAGAAACAUAUGGGCAUCAUAGGGAUGGAGUUAUGUUUAAUACAAUGACAUGGUAGCAGGUAUACACAGUAACUUGAUUGCAUCAUGAUCGUGGUAGGAUGUUAAGCCACAUGUUAGAGAGCUCUAGAAACUAUCCACAUUCUUGGCUCUACUGGGGAAGGAAAUGGAUUUGGUAAGCUUAUUGUUGCCAUACUAAAUUCAUUGAAAUAAUAGUGCAUUAAUUAAAAUGGAUUUUUAUGUGUGGCUUAUAGCCUAGUUGUAGGUUUGAGAGGAUGAAAUAUAGAUGAAGAUGAAGAUGUAGAGAUAGAAACAUGUUUAGGGUGCUAUGUGUAACCAUUCUAUCUGCUGUGUGGUAGGCACUAUGUUUAAGUGUUAGGAGAAUAUAUUCAUUCAUGUAUCCAUUUAGCAAGUAUUUCUUUUUCAUAGAGUCAGUCCUUGUGAUACAUUUUAUAGAAUAAACAGAUAAAUAAGGAAAGAUUCUAAGAAGUCUCAGAGUUCUCAGUUUAGUUGGGAGAGAUUGACAUGUGAAAAGAGUUAAAAUUUAGAGGGAAACAAUGUGAAAUACUUAUCAUAAUGAGGCUACUACUUCUCUGCAUCUAGUUUUAGUUUCUCUUAAUGUUCCAGAAAUGUCCGCAUACAAUAAUCUAUAUAUCACCACAGGUAUCUCAAAAUUAUCAUGUCUAAAACAUAUGCAUUGUUUUUGUCCAGAAAACCUGUGUUUGCACUCUUGUGCCCAGACUCAGUUCAGGCAAGGACUUCAGGGUCAUUUUCCAUUCUUUCUGCACCUUUGUGUGAAUUCAGUCAGUAAAAUCUUAAUACAUUCUCCUCUCUAGUUUCUGUUUAUCUCUAUUUCUACGUCUUCAACAUUAAAGCUUUAGCUUAGUUCCUUCACAGCUCUCAUCUGAUUUCUUAUUUAAAUAGUCUUCCUGCUUCAAAACUUGAUCUUCCUUAGAUCAUUCCUAGAAUGAUCUUUCUAAAAAUACAAAUCUGAUCAUGGAACGUCUGCUUAAAAACUUUGGCUCUUUGUAUGCCAUAGGACAAUAUCCAAAUUCCUUAAUAUGGCCUCAUUUGGCCUUGGCUCACCUCUUCAGCCUCAUCUGCAACUCCCUACUCUGCCUGCAUAGUUCCCUAACAAACAUGUAACUUUUUUGAGCCUUGAUAUCUUUCAAUAGCUGCUUCCUGUACUUGGAAUGGCUUUUCUUUGCCCAGUGAACUUUCCUUAUCCGUUAGGAUCAGUUUCAUUUUUGUCACCCUCCAACAGCAGAGGUAGAGCUAAACCAUGUGUCACAUAUAGGAAUCACUGUUUAAAAGGCAGUCACUGUGUGUUACUAAGGUUCACUUUGGGAGUCCACUCAGAUAAGGAGAUGCCUGUGAGAAGCAGAGGUGAUUUGAGAGGAGGAGAGAGGAUACGUUGUGACCAUAUCUGGAUACAGCAGAGAAGAUGUAUGUGAACUGAGCUCUAGAUUGGUAGGCAGUUAAGUGUUUUUUUUUUUUCUCUUUUUCAUGCCUUUGAGAUUUAAUCAGGUAUUUAAUCAGGUAUUUCUACUUUCAUUUUUAAAAGUAACACCCCAUUUGUUCCUCUUAUGUCAAUAAUCAGUCUUUUUGCCUACUGAGAGCCAGUGUAGGGAGAGGUAAACCUCAGGACUUUACUCCUAGGUUUUUGAAAGGUCAUUUUGGUCUCUCACUUCCUGAUAAAGAUAUAGCAAGUAUGUGGCUGCCACUCCUCCUUCUUUUUGCCUCUCCCAGGGCAAAGGUUUCUAAGUGAGGCUGAGCCAUUUCCUGCCUUGUGUCAUCUGCAGUUCUGAGGUUGGUUGACACCUUUGCUGUGUGUGCCUGUAAAGAUUUGCAAGUCUGGACUGGGCAGUGAUCCCUGGGCUUGCUACUCUAGUCUGGUACAAUCUCUGGCUCCAUGGACAACUACUGGCUCCUACAGACCGGAUGAAGCAGACUGGAGACACAAGUGGAGAAAGCCUCCAGCUGGCAUAUCCUCGAAGGAUAGCCCUCUGGCUGCUGGCCCUGCCCAGCCUGCCUCAUGGAGAGGAUGAACUGGCUGAGCAGACUGGCUUCCCGGGGCCCUGGCCACCGUGUACCUCAAGGGGCCAGUCUGCAGACCCCUGUCAUGGCUGACCCUGAGACCUGCCUCAUGGUCUUUAAGAAUCACUGGUCUCAGGUGGUAAGAAUCCUGGAGCGACAGGGCCCUCGGGCAGCUCCUGGAGGUUCCGACGAUCUCAGUGCUGUGCGCAACCAUACUUAUCAAAUGUUAACUCUGCUGGCAGAGGAUCGCCCCGUCUCUUCUUCAGCUCCUACUGGCCCUGGGCCCCUGCUGGAGUUUGCUCUGCGCGAGGAUCUGCUGACCCGUGUGUUGGCCUGGCAGCUGCAGUGGGAUGAGCUGGGGGAUGGGGUCGAGGAACGGCGGGCUGAGCAACUGAAACUCUUUGAGAUGCUAGUGAGCGAGGCUCGCCAGCCCCUGUUGCGGCAUGGUCCAGUUCGUGAGGCUCUGCUCACCCUGUUGGAUGCCUGUGGCCGCCCUGUGCCUAGUAGCCCAGCACUGGAUGAAAGCCUGGUGUUACUUCUCAGCCAGCUGUGUGUUUGUGUGGCCCGGGAGCCUUCAUUGCUCGAGUUCUUCCUGCAGCCACCUCCUGAGCCUGGAGCUGCUCCACGUCUUCUCCUCUUUUCUCGUCUUGUCCCUUUUGUCCAUCGAGAGGGCAGCCUGGGCCAACAGGCGCGUGAUGCCCUACUGUUGCUUAUGGCUCUAUCAGCUGGAAGCCCUACUGUGGGUCGCUACAUCGCAGAUCACUCUUACUUCUGCCCGGUGCUGGCCACAGGGCUAAGUGCCCUGUAUUCUUCACUGCCCCGAAAGAUUGAGGUUCCAGGGGACGACUGGCACUGCCUCCGACGGGAAGACUGGCUAGGAGUGCCAGCCCUUGCACUCUUCAUGAGCUCCCUAGAGUUCUGCAAUGCAGUUAUUCAGGUGGCUCACCCCCUGGUGCAGAAGCAGCUGGUUGAUUAUAUCCAUAAUGGGUUCCUGGUGCCUGUCAUGGGUCCUGCUCUGCACAAGACCUCAGUGGAGGAGAUGAUCGCCAGCACCGCCUAUCUGGAACUUUUCCUAAGGAGUAUCUCAGAGCCUGCCUUGCUCCGCACCUUCCUGCGAUUCCUGUUGUUACACCGGCAUGACACCCACACCAUCCUUGACACUCUGGUUGCCCGUAUUGGCAGCAACUCCCGGCUUUGCAUGGUCUCUUUGAGUCUCUUCAGGACCCUCCUGAACCUCAGUUGUGAGGAUGUCUUACUGCAGCUGGUUCUCAGGUAUCUUGUUCCAUGUAACCAUGUGAUGCUGAGCCAGAAGCCAGCUGUGCGUGAUGUGGAUCUUUAUGGACGAGCAGCCGACAAGUUUCUCUCCCUAAUCCCACGCUGUUGUCGGCACCGUGCCCCUAGCCCACCUCGUCCAGAGCAUGCCUCAUGGGCACGAGGUGGGCCUAGCAGAGAGGCAGGGAAAAGGGAGGACAUCACGGGCCCUGGAAGCCCGAGUGUUGAUUCCUCUUCUGUGGUGACAGUGCCUCGGCCCUCCACACCAUCCCGUCUGGCUUUCUUCCUUCGGCAGCAGAGUCUGAGUGGCUCUGAGUCCCCAGGCCCAGUCCCUCGCUCACCAGGGCUUGCUGCAUCCCCAUCCUCUAGCCCUGGCCGACGGCCCUGCCCUACAGAGGAGCCUGGUGAGCUGGAAGAUAAUUACCUGGAGUAUCUGCGUGAGGCGCGCCGUGGUGUGGACCGCUGUGUCCGAGCCUGCCGUACCUGGUCUGCCCCCUAUGAUGGCGAACGGCCUCCUCCUGAGCCUAAUUCUCUUGGCUCCCGGACUAAGAAACGCAGCCUUUUGACUGAGGAGGACAGGGACAAUGUGGGGAAAGGGGAGGAGGAAGAGCUGGGGAGUAGGGGCCUCACUGUGGUUGUGGGGGAGGGCCCUGGCCAUCUACCUCCACCCCAGCUGAAUGGUGUGCCAGGACCAUGGCCUGAAGGGGCUAAGAAGGUUCGUCUGGUGCCACGACUGCCCUUGCAGGAGGGAACUGGGGAACUGCUAGAGGGCACCUCCGAGGGCAUGGCAGGACUAGAGAGCUUUGGGCAAGAGCUCCAGGAGCUGGAAGUAGCAUUGAGCAAUGGUGGAGCUGGCUCUGAAGUCCCCCUUGAGCCUCCCCUACCUCUUGAGGAGGAGGAGGCCUAUGAAAGCUUUACCUGUCCCCCUGAGCCCCCUGGCCCCUUCCUCAGCAGCCCUUUGCGGACUUUCAACCAGCUGCCAAGCCAGCCCUUCACUGGCCCCUUCAUGGCUGUGCUCUUUGCCAAACUCGAGAACAUGCUGCAGAACUCCGUCUAUGUCAACUUCCUGCUGACGGGGCUGGUGGCCCAGCUGGCCUGUCACCCCCAGCCCCUGCUCCGCUCUUUCCUGCUCAACACCAACAUGGUCUUCCAGCCCAGUGUCAAGUCCCUGCUGCAGGUGCUGGGCUCUGUGAAGAAUAAGAUUGAGAGCUUUGCGGCGUCCCAGGAGGACUUCCCAGCACUGCUAUCUAAAGCCAAGAAGUACCUCAUUGCCCGUGGCAAGUUGGACUGGGGUGAAGGUCCCACAGCAGGACCUGCCCCACGCCGCUCCGAUUCCCUAGUGAAGAGCCGGAGGCCAUCCUUGGGGGAAUUACUCCUGCGGCACGCACAUAGUCCAACCAGGGCCCGACAGGCGGUACAGGUCCUUCAGCCUGGGCGAGACGGAGCAGGACUUGGACUAGGUGGGGGCUCCCCUGGGGCUUCAACCCCGGUUCUACUUCCCCGGAGUGGAGCUCCUGAGCGCCAAGGUGAGGCUCUGCGAGUCAAGAAUGCUGUCUACUGUGCAGUCAUUUUCCCUGAGUUUCUCAAGGAAUUGGCUGCUAUCUCCCAGGCCCAUGCUGUCACGUCGCCUUUUUUGUUGGAUACUUCAGAGGAGGGAUCAAGCCCUCUCAUCUCAGGCUCUGGGCCCCUCAAUCCUUAAUUUUCUUCCAUGGACAAUCAGGGCCAUAGGUGGCUUGGGCCGAGGCCGGGUCACGGGCUCCUUUUAAUGUUUGGAGGCAGUGGCAAAUGGACUUUUUAAUUUAUUUCAGAUGAAUGUUUUAUGGAGAACUUGUUGCAAUAUGUAUAAAAGGGAAAUCUCUA